AAGAAAGCAUGGAACGGGGGGAGACGAAAAAUAAUCCUGAAUCAUCACCAGACACAGGUGACUUUCUGUCAAAAUGCAUAGGUAGCUUAAUAAUUAUGUAGACGAAAAACGUGCUAACUCUGCUAGUCAAACUCAAAUCAGCAAAUUAUUUCCCGCAAUUUCUCAGAAAAUGUGGAGCAUUUAGAGGAUCGUGCUUUGGCGCCCUCAUGUGGCGAUCAAAGGGACAGCACAGGGGAUGCGGCUUGGAAGUCCACGUCCUCAUGCCAUGACAUCAACAUGAUGGAUCAGAAGCUCAGACCCAUUGAACAGCAACUCCAGUACCUGCUGAAUAAGGCGGAUGAGUUUCAGGCACAUCUUUUAUACAGGUAACGUUAGAGUCAGUUAGGAAAGUUGUUAAUGUAGUCUAAGAUAAUGAUAGGUAAAGGUUAGGUGAGUCAAUGAUUAGUGCACCUAAACUAUACAAUUGCAUCUAGUGGUGUUUCAAGUUAUUGUUUAUUAUUUAUCAAAAGGAUUAAAGUAAUACAUAAUGAAUCCCUGUCCUGUGACAUAAACAUGUGUGUGUGUUGUCUGCAGACGUGACAAUCUGCAAAAGGAAAACUUUGCUCGUCUGGUGCCUACUUUCCUGCGGACCUGUCAGCCCUACUUCACUUACCUGGAGUCGACCGCUCGCAGCUCCCUGCCCCAGCGCACGCCUCUGCCCGUGUACAUCCGCUCACGAGUAAGAGCCUUUCGAAACACAAUCCUACUCACCUGA